GAAAUCACUUUCCACGCGCGGUUUCAUAAGUACUGGCAUCAUGAAGGGGUUCUCGGCGAAGGUGGAGAUGGUAUAGUACAUCUCUACCAGCAAGGGAAACGACAAGGUAUGUUUAUUGCUGUGAAGCUGCCUCGAUAUUACUCGGCGCGCAAGGAUCUGGCGCAAGAGAUCAAGAACAUGCGCACAAUCGGCCAGCACAAGCACAUCCUAGAUCUAUGCCAUGCCACCGAAGAUUGGUAUCCUCACGGGCCGGCGCUGUUCCUCCCAGUCUGCGAGCUCGGCAAUCUGGUCGAUUAUCGCGAGUCUUGGUGCGCGAAGCAAGGGUGGGAAGGCAAGCCUGAGCGUGUAUCAGAGAUCACGAUGUGGAAGCUCUUCCGGGACAUGGUGCUUGCUCUGAAUUAUCUCCACCACGAGCUCGGUACUCGCUAUGUCCACAAUGACUUCAAGCCACAGAAUAUCCUAGCUGUUAAGCCGCCAGAUCAUAUUGAAGGUCAAGCCCUGCCUGAAGAGCCCAUCUUCAAGCUCUCGGACUUCGCUCGACUCACGCCUUGGCCAACACCAAAGGGCCAGCACCCACAAGGCUUCGACGGUACUCCUGAAUAUGCGCCGCCA